GGGUUGUGCGGUGCCUUGAUAUUAAAAUGGCUGUCAAGCCUCAGGCAGUGGCUCUUGUGUCUUCAGGUAGCCGCGGGAAUAAGCUCCUCUUUUAUGACAGUGGGAUAGCUAAACCACACAGUCUAGAGUCAGAAUUACUAAAUAAGCUGCCUCAGAGGACGCUGGCUGAGAUAUUAGCUUCUUGUGCUGUGAUGCAGGACAGGAAGUUUGAGCUAAGAGUUGACGAGUGGAAGUUUGUAGGUCAUCCGUUUUUACUCCAAACCUCUUCAUGGAGCAUCUCUUUUAACAUUGCAUUUGUACUCCAGUCUACAUGUUCGCCUGAGGCUGUUGGUAGCUAUAAUUCUCUCUCUCGUGCCCUUGGAGCUGCCCUGAUUCAUGAAGAACACAGAACUGAGUUCUUUAAGAAUCAAUACGCACUGUUGAUGCAGAUAUCAGAUCAAGUUGACACCAUUGAUGAGCUCAGUCAGAAAGCAGUUGUGUCUAGCUAUUUAGCAAAGACAUUACAUGAGGCACUCUGUGGAUUACAAAAUGGCGACCCUCACGUACACGUCAUAAUGAAUGACUGGUCUGAAAUAAGUUGUCUCAUACAUAGUGAGGCUCCUCCUACUGUCCCGCAGUCUUUAACAUCCUCCAACACAAUAGCACCAAAGAGCAUAGUUAGAUCAUAUUCUGCCGUUAUACUACUUACCAGUUUCGAGGAUCUCACUAAAAGAUUGCCUCCAUCUUGUAAUCCGUCCUUUCACCGUUUCCUCACCACCAUAUCUCCACUGAAGAAUUUAAUACAGGUCUCACUUGAUGCUGAUAUACCGCUCCAGCAAGCUGUCAAGUUUGCGUGUCAUCUUGUUCACUGGGGUCAAGCAAUGACAGUGUAUCCAUUAUCGGAGACUAACGUCUACAUUAACAGUCCUCAAGCUGACACUAAGAGGGAUAGUCAGUUAGCAUCAUUAUUUGCUAAAGAGUUCAGCAGUGUCGCUGUAGAUGAUUCAGAAUCAUUGAGUGAAGGAGCUGAUGACUCUCUCUCUCAAUUUCUUUUCCAUUUCUCUGCUCCCGUCACCCUCUCUGAAAUGAGAGGAUUAUACACUGAUGAAAAAUUGAUACCGAUUGUGACGUGGCUUUUGAAGCAUGGGCAAAUAUUACAGUUGCAUACUUAUAUAUUUCUGAUUCCUCCACAAGACACCAAAGACAGAGGAAUGUUUGAUGAUGAUGAAGAGGAAGAAGGUGAAAAUGAGCCAGUCCAUCUCUCACCAGAAACAAUGGCUAACCUUUUAAAGCACCUCUCUAAAGAAGAGGUAGAGUGGGUCUCUUCUACUGAUGCUGCUAGAGACAAAGAUGAUCUUGCUCUCUUCACUAAGCUUUCUUGUUACUGGCAUGGCAACCAUCACUUAGAGGAGAUACUUAUGCUUGAGAACAUGGCUAGAUCAGAACUUCUUGCUCUCAUUGAUAAAUUUAGUGAAAUACUCACUACAGCUUCAAUUCCAGAGAGAACUUGAUCUACAAACAUGACAAUUUUUUUAAUGAUUAUUUUAAAAUAUAAAAUCAUGUUAUUAUUAGUUUAGUCUAGUUAUUAA